AUGGCGCACGAAGUGACAUGGAGACACGUCAAGGGGCACAGUGGUCAUAAGUGGAACGACUACGUCGAUAAGAAAGCUGACCUCGGCAGGAGCGGCGCGAGGGAUUGCGGCGCGCCGGAGUGGCAAGACGAGUCUGUCCCAACAGACGCAGACGACGGGGAGAGCAGCACCGUGGGCGACGACGUGGGUAUUAACGGAGGAGGUACAACCAUCCCACUCGACGACAUCGGUGAUGGGGCCUCUAGCUACGCCGAUGACCCACCCGACUCCCCCGAAAACGAACCGCCGCCUAGCGCCCCGCCCUCGUCGCCUAAAGCCCCCAUCGUGGAGCAGGGGGUGAUAUGGAUUUCAUACACGCCGAGCGCGCAGGCGCGACACAUCGGAGACAACAAGGGGAUCCGGCGUGAAAGAGCUAUCGACAUUGACGUUGACCCAGCCGAUUCCACCGAUGUCGACGUCGUUUUGAAAUUGGUGCACACUCGCGAAUCGCGGGCUCGCUGGUCCGAGGUCCCGAUUCGCUUGAAGCGGUAA